CGUGAGUUGUAUCCCUCGCCUCUCUCUCUCUCUCUACAUCGCGGUGUUUCUCUCUCUACUGCGGCUGCUUCUUCGUCUCCCGCGGGGGUUUUAUCGAGGAGGGAACGAAGACGACGACGACGACGACGAAGACGAAGAGAUUGGGCGUGGUGGAACGCGGAUUUCGUUGGAUCGAAUCCACCCUCUCCUUCUCCUCCUCCUCCUCCUCCUCCUGCUGCGGUUCCUUCGCCGUCGAUCUCUUCUUCGAUCGCGAAUCUCGCUGAGAGAGGCUUCGGAAUUGAGGAGUUUUGACCGCGGAAUCGGACGAGAUCGAUCCGUAGAUCUCGAAUUGGUGCGAGGAGAAGGGAGAUGUGGGGGAGGCGUUGUUGAUUGAUGAUACGGCGAAGAAGAUGAUGCGAGCGAAGGCGAGGAGCGCGACAACGGCGUCGGCAUUUGCGCCGAUGAAGGAGGCGAAGCCCGCGAACGGCGUCGGCGCCGCGGCGGCGGCGGCGGCGGAGGAGGACAAGUGGGAGGUGCGCCCCGGCGGUAUGCUCGUCCAGAAGCGCGACCCCGAUUCCGGCGUCGGCGCCGCCCCCGUCCCCACCAUCCGCGUCAAGGUCAAAUACGCCGGCGUCUACCACGAGAUCUACAUCAGCUCCCAAGCCUCCUUCGGGGAGCUCAAGAAGAUGCUCGCGGCGCGGACGGGGCUCCACCCGGACGACCAGAAGCUGGUGUUCAAGGACAAGGAGAGGGAUUCGAAGGCGUUCCUCGAUCUCUGCGGCGUCAAGGACCGGUCCAAGAUCGCCCUCCUCGAGGACCCCACGGCGCAGGCGAAGCGCCUCCUCGAAUUGCGCCGCACCGACAAGAUGGAGCGCGCCGCAAAGUCCAUCUCCCGCAUCAGCCUCGACGUCGACAAGCUCGCCUCCAAGGUGUCGGCGUUGGAGACGAUCGUAAACAAGGGAGGAAAGGUUGUUGAGGAAGAUGUGAGUAAUCUCACCGAAUUGCUGAUGAAUGAGCUGGUCAAGCUCGACGCGAUCACCGCCGAGGGGGACGUGAAGUCGCAGAGGCGAAUCCAGGUAAAGCGAGUUCAGAGAUACGUUGAAGCCCUGGACGCAAUCAAGGUGAAGAAUGCGACGCCGAGGCCGAACGGGCACAUCAACAAACAGGCAGUGGCGGCGCCGCCGCAGCCGCCGCAGCAGAGGAGGGAGUUCCAGGCACCGGCGCCGCUGCCUCCGGUGGUGGUGACGACGCGGUGGGAGACGUUCGAUUUGCUCUCGGGAGCAGUGCCGUCGACCUCCUCUCCCGCCACCUCCACCACCCCUACUCCCGCCGCCUCCACCACCUCCUCCUCCUCCUCCUCCUCCGCCUCCGCCGCCGCCUCCGCGGCUCCCACGCCGCGGUACAAUUGGGAACUAUUCUAAAUUCUUAAAAAGAGUAUAGCAUUAUCAUCCCUCAGCUCUCUCCUUUCAAUGAUUGGGUUUGAUUUCUCUUCUUUUUUUUUUUUUUUCGUUUGUUCUCUUCUUUUUUAUUUUGUUCAUCUCAUCUCAUCUCAUCUCAUCUCAUCAUCAUCUUCUUCUUCUGCUUGUUACUAUUCUUUUUGUGUGCAUAUCUAAGAGAAAGCUUCGGAGGUUGUGUUCCAUUAUUAUUACUACUCCUCCUCCUCAUUAAGAUCCAUGGUGAAGAAUAAAUGUGGUCUCAUUGAUCUAAUUCACCAAUUUACUAUUUGGAGACAAAUAUAUAAUACCAUAUGCCCCCCCAACACUGUAUUACAUUAAUGUAUCAUGAAUGAGGACUUUGUUUUGGCUCGCCGAAUUGCUAUCUCCUUGUCAGGUUUUAGGGCUCUCGAUUCCAGACGCAAUUAGAGCCGAAAGAACCAAAAAUUGUGGGUAGUUAAAUGCU